AUGUCCCGACAACAAUUGAAAAACUCCGGGAAAUUGAUGAAAAAAAGUUGUAUGCCCAAAAAUGAUGUGACAGAAGAUCAAGUCGGUCAAAUAGAGCAAGGGAAAUUUAUUGAAGAACGAAAUGUGAUGUGUUACGUGGCUUGCAUCUACACUAUGACUCAGGUGAUUAAAAACAAUAAGCUUUCAUAUGACGCUGUGAUCAAACAAAUCGAUACUAUGUUUCCGGUGGAAAUGAGAGAUGCCGUAAAAGCUUCCGCUGCUCAUUGUAAAGACAUUAGUAAAAAGUAUAAGGAUAUAUGCGAAAUUGCCUAUUGGACGGCUAAAUGUAUGUACGAUUACGAUCCAAAGAACUUCAUUUUUCCAUGA